AUGGAUAGCCUAUACGGGCCGAUUUUUAUCAGGUGCGCGGACUCCAUAUUAAUCAACGGCAAAGGCCGUAUGAACUACCGCAACUCUGAAUAUUUGAGUAGCAUGGUUCCCCCAUCACUGUCGUCUGUACUCCAGGGUAUGAACUAUAUAGCGAAAGGAUGUAUUCCUCUUGGAAAUACUUAUGCUCAAACGAGUUUUGCGCACAACUAUAGUGCUGUUCCACCGGCCAUGUUUGAUGAAUGCAAUGCCACAAAUUCGACGGAGGAACUAUAUGAGGUUGAUGGGCAAUAUAUAAAGCCCCUCAAAGUUAAUGCGCUAACAAUCAGCAACGGUGGCCGCUACUCUUACUUGAUUCAACUCACAAAUACUCCAGGCGACUACCCGAUCACGGUAGCCAAUUCUGGGUUCAAUCAGAAGAUUUCAGGCUUCGGCGUUCUUUCCUACAUCAACGGGGGCCCCUCCGUGGCAUACAGUCCUCUAUCAACUACGGCGGAAUCAGCACCAGUACAGAUGUUAUCACCCUCGAUAAGGCUUCGAUUGAGCCGCUUGUUCCCGGAAGACCUAAACCCCGAAGCGCAUAUAAACAGUAGCCUAGUCAUUGCUACAAAGAACAACACGUGGGUGGACAUCAUCUUCGCGGUAUCUAGAGACACGUCUACGGUCCAGCCGAGUCAUCCAAUUCACAAACACUCGAACCCGGUGUAUGUUCUCGGUUCCGGCCGCGGCUCUUUCAACUGGCCUUCUGUCGCCAAGGCCAGUGAGGAUCGUCCAGAAAUGUUCAACUUGGUCAAUCCUCCAAUGAGAGGUUUGUAUCAUAACACCCCGUUCAAGUUCACGUCCUGCGGCUGUCCACUAAUCCAUGAAGUUCACAGAUACUUUCACAACCCUUCCUGCCAUCCAAGGUCCAAGCUGGCUGGUAAUUCGCUACCAUGGCGUUUAUGCUUCACUGCCAUAUCGAUCCUCAUCUUACUGGAGGAAUGGGACUCGCGAUUUUGGACGGUGUAG